UUUAUUAUUUCUCAUUUAUUUCUUUGGUUUUCUCGUAUUAAUUUAAUUGUAAGAUCCGUUUUCACCUUAUUGUCUUGAGGGAUGAUUUCUUAAAACAUACUAGAGCCGGCAAAUGCGACAUUUUCGAUGUCAGUAUCAGCCGUUCCAUCAAUCAAUGCCGAAAGGCGGUCAUUUUGAGCCUGUUCUUACCACCCGGCUCACAGAUUCCUCCGGCCAAAGCCACUUAAAAGCUUGAUCAUCAUCACUUCACAACCCAUGAUUUGGAUUUUCUAGUUUCCUCUACUUCCUUCCUUUCCCUACCUCGGAAAGAAACCAUGCAGGUGCUCAUUAUCUUGAGCUCUCUGUUUCUGUUUCUCUUCUUGUCUCUUGCCAAACUCUGGUACAAGUUAUGGUGGAACCCGCUCAGGAUAAAGAGGAUAAUGAAUGAGCAGGGAAUCAGAGGUCCUCCUUACAAGUUCGUCCAUGGAAGCACUAAGGAAUCAUUCAAGAUGACCAUGAAGGUCAGGGACAUACCCAUGAACAAUCUCUCUCAUGACAUAUUCCCCAAGAUUCAGCCUGAAAUCCACACAUGGACCAACAGAUAUGGGCGAAAUUACUUAAGUUGGCAUGGGACUCAAGCUCAGCUGGUCAUCACAGAACCAGAACUGAUCAAAGAGGUGCUAGUUAAUAGAGAGAAAACAUAUCCGAAAACACCAGCUAAGGACUUUGUCAAGAAACUUUUAGGGGAUGGGCUUGUGACCACCAAUAAUGAUGAAAAAUGGGCAAAACAGCGUAAACUGGCCAAUUACACUUUCCACGGGGAAAGCUUGAAGAAUAUGGUUCCAGUGAUGGUGGACACCGUUCACGUGAUGCUAGCAAGGUGGAAGCAUCAAGAAGGGAAAGAGAUUGACGUGUUUGAAGACUUUAAGUUAUUCACAAGCGAAGUGAUUUCAAAAACGGCAUUUGGAAGCAGUUACGUCGAAGGCAGGAAUAUUUUCCAGAUGUUGGCAAGAUUGGGUGUGUUAUUAAGCAAAAAUAUUCCUCUUGUAAGGUUCCCAGGAUUAAGUAAGUUUUGGAAGACGGCAGAUGAAAUCGAAGCGGAAAAGCUCGAGAGAGGCAUAUACGACGCUAUAUUGGGGAUUGUCGAGAAAAGGGAAGAGAAGGUGAAGGCUGGUAAGGCAGCUGACUUCGGGGAUGAUUUCCUAGGACAGCUUGUGAAGGCUUGUCGUGGCAUGGACGAGAGCAAGAAAAUCACGAUCGAUGAUCUGGUGGAUGAAUGCAAGACAUUCUACCUAGCGGGACAAGAAACCACCAAUGCAUGGAUGACAUGGGUCGUGUUCCUCCUAGCGGCUCACCCUGAUUGGCAAGAGGAAGCGAGAAAGGAGGUUCUCCAUGUGUUUGGGAACAGUGAUCCCGACUCUGAUGGUAUCGCAAAAUUAAAGACGAUUAGCAUGAUCAUAAAUGAGACUCUGCGAUUAUACCCUCCUGUCAUCGGGAUGAGUAGGCAAGUUGAUCAGCAACUCAGGUUGGGAAAACUUGUUCUUCCCGCCAAUAUUCAGAUCGUAAUAGGAAAUCUCAAGCUUCACCAUGACCCCGAAAUCUGGGGAGAAGACGUGCUUCAAUUCAAACCAGAGCGAUUCGCCCAAGGCAUUGCCAAAGCCACCAACAACAACCCAGUCGUGUUCAUUCCUUUCAGCUUCGGAUCCCGAAUUUGUGCAGGCAUGAACUUCGCGACGCAUGAGGUGAAGAUCAUUCUCUCGAUGAUUCUGCAACGCUACACUUUCAAAUUGUCAUCUGCCUACGUCCACUGUCCGGUUCAAGUCCUCACGAUUCGCCCGAAACUUGGACUUCAAGUUAUAUUUCAACCCUUGUAGCUUGGUUCACCGGCAUAUAAAUAAUGUCUUAGUGGUAAAAUGAUGUCCAUUGAUGCCUUCAUAUUUCAAUGCCUUGUGGUGGGCUUCUAGGAUUUGUCGAACAUUCUGGGGGAUGCUGAUGAUCAGCGUAUCAUCCUUCCUAAUCAGCAUAAAAAUGUUGGGGUUUGGU